AUGUCUCCCACGAUGCAAUUGGGGCCUCACACGGCCACCUACACUCCCACUUCCGACGCCAUGGAUCGUCAUGAAUAUGGAAUCACCAAGAACCGCAAGGCGGCUUCAACCGGAGGAGGCAGAGCAUGGAGCGAGGAUGAGGAAGUCUAUCUGCUUCAGACUCGUCUUCAGAAGAUGCCUUACAAGCACAUCGCCGCUCACUUGAAGAAGACUGAGCUGGCAUGCCGCCUUCACUACCAUCAGCUUAGCCAUGGCAGCAACCGACGCAAGCAGCGUGCUACCUCGGUCUCUUCUGGCUCUUCCACCACCCACUCACCUGUCAUGCAGCCGACGAUGCCUUCUUCCCUCCGAGAGUCGACUCCUCGUUCGGUCUCUCCCCCAGGCAGCUCAACCAGCUACGCCCCUCACUCGCCCGCCCCUAUACAACUUCCCAGCAUCAUGGGCCACGAAGCUUCUCCCAGACUUCCCGCCAUUCUCCCCAAGCCGGUCUGCAUGACACUGCCACCUCCUACCGCCUCCCCCACCCGCGGAUACCCCACACCUCUCCCUGAGCCUCGCAGCGCGGCUCUCCCCUCCGCCACCUUCCAGUCCAUGUCCGGCAGCCUCCCCAUGACGCCACCGCUGCGUCUGGAGUGCGCUCUUCCUUCUACUCAGUCCAUUGUCAGCCAUCAACACGUUGACAUGAACCGCCUCCAAUCCGUUUACACUGCACACCGCGCCUCGUUCUGGGCCGCUGUUGCCAACGACUACGGCCCGGGUGCAAGCCCCGUUAUGUUGGAGCAGGCAUGGCAGAACGGUGCAUGCUGCAACCAGCAACAGGCCAGCACACCCAUCACACCCACCUCCAGCCCCGACAACCUGGAUCGCGAUAGCUACGACAGACCUCAAGACAAGACUCGCAUCUCUGCUAUUCUUGGCAUUGACGCCAACCCGCGUUCUCCCCGUGAGCGCGAGUUGGUGAGACGCAUGGAGGAAUCACGAGUCGGCGCCUAA